UCUAGUUGGAACGCAGGAUUUAAGUGCAUACGAAUUUUAUUAAUAAGAAUAAUGUCACAAUUUCAAAAGGAAAUUGUACAAGCUGUGCUUAUAGCCGAUAACAAUGCAUGGAACUUUAAGCCGCUGUCCGAUGAAGGGCCAACGGCGCUGCUGCCGCUAGUAAAUGUAAGCAUGCUGGACUAUGCGUUAAUAGCGCUAAACCGCAGCGGCGUCGAGGAGGUUUUUGUUUAUGCCAGCACUUUCUUGCAGGAUAUACGUGAGCAUAUAAAACAGGGCAUAGCCACCAGUGCGAGCUGGUCCUUUGCAAUGACCGUGCAUGUAAUUGGCGGCGAGGGUUGUCGUUGUUUUGGCGAUGCCAUGCGUGAUCUGGAUGCCAAAGCGCUGAUACGCGGUAAUUUUAUAUUAUUGGGUGCGGAUACAGUGACCAAUGCGGAUUUACGUCCUGUGCUGGAGCAGCAUAAGCGCAAUGCCAAAUUCGACAAAGGCAAUGCCGCCACGCUGGUGUUCAAAGAAUGCGCCAGUAACACACCACGCACCGGUAAUGAGCUCCUGAUAGCGGUGAACAAGCAAAACGAUCGACUGCUCUAUCAUCAGCGACUGCGCAUGAACCAUAAAGAGACGCGCUAUCAGUUGCCGUUGGAUGUAUUUCUCAGCAACGCAUGCGUUACAAUGCAUCACAAUCUGUUGGACCCACAGAUAGCCAUUGGUUCACCCUCGAUGCUUUCGCUGUUUAGCGACAAUUUUGAUUUUCAGACACGCGAUGACUUUGUACGCGGUCUGCUUAUUAACGAGGAGCUGCUCGACAGUCGCAUCUAUGUGGCCAUGCUGCCGCCAGCACAAUACGCCUGCAAGGUGAACAACUGGCUUGCGUACCAGCUGGCCAGUCGGGACAUAAUCAAUCGCUGGGCGUAUCCCUUGGCGCCAGACAUGUGUCUCUAUAAGCUGCAACAGCAGUAUGCUUUCCACAAGGACAACAUCUACAAAAGCCACGAUGCGCUAGUUUCCAAGGUGGCGCUCCAAGAGAAUGUUGUCAUACAAGCUGGCAGUCAAGUGGACACAGGCACGCUUAUUAACUCAAGUGUCAUUGGCGCCAAUUGUCACAUUGGUAAAAAUUGUCAGCUCACCAGCGUCUUUCUCAUGGACAAUGUGACCAUCAAGGAUAACUGCGUGCUGCAGCAUUGUGUUAUUGGCGCCGGCGCCAUUAUCAAUAAUCACUGCGCCAUCACCGAUGGCUGCGUGCUGGGCAGCAAAUGCAUAUUGCCUGCCAAGACUAAGCUGGCCAAUAAGCUGCUCUCCAGUAAUCUGCGCUCGGAUAACAAUGCGAUUGAGGUGGUCAGCUAUGGUCCCCAGGCCUAUGUCAUUAGCGAUUCAGCCAGCGCCGAGGCAGAUGAUUCCGAUUCGGAGGACGAGCUUAUGUUCAAGUCUAAUAAACCUACCAUACCCAAAAUGUGUCCACUGCAAAUGCUGCUCAAUGAGGACAGCGACAGCACCUACUCCAGCGAUGAUGAGGAUGAGGAUGGCUCACGCCUGGUCACACCGCUGCCCGAUGACACCAACAUAUUCCUGUCUGAGGUUAUAGAUUCCCUAACACGUGGCUUUCGCGAAAUGUCCAAUCCAGAUUUUCUUAUACUCGAGAUAAACUCGUCACGUUAUGCCUACAAUAUGUCGCUAAAGGAGGUAAACUUCUAUGUGGUAAAGGCUGUCUUUAGCUUGGACAGCGUGCUGGAGCCAGCCAACAAUAAUGUGCUGGCAGCCAUCAGUGGUGUCUUCAAGCAGCUGGGACCCGUUGUCUCCAACUACAUUAAGAGCGAAGAUGCUAUGCUGGAUUGCCUUAAGGCAUUGGAGGAUAUUUGCGAGGAGAACGAGCUGGUGCGUGACAAGAUCUCCCAGGUAGUGCACUAUCUCUACGACAAGGAUUUUGUCAGCGAGGAUGCCGUGCUUGCCUGGUACGAGCAACUGGAUGUUACUGAGCAUGCCACACUGCGGCAAAGUCUUGCUAAGUUGGUUGAGUGGCUCAAUCAGUCUAGUGAAGAAGAGGAUGACUAGGACACACUGUUAUAAACUGAAUAAAUGAAAUAUAUCAACAAUGUAUUUGUUAUAAUUUUUAUUGCGUUACACUCAAAAAUAUUCCCUUUUUCUCAAAAUAUAG